CCCACCCCCACCAUCAGAGGGGUACCUAGUAGGCUCCGUAGGUUCUCAUCACACUAUCAGGCUUCAGCCCUGUGAGCGAUCAGGGCAACAUCGGAUUCUCUUAGGCUCCCCACCGGGUGGCACAAGAGCUUGGACUGUCAAGCCUCGCCCAUCAUUUUAUUUUUCCCUUUUGAAGCCUCAAUGGGGACAAGCGAUGAAGAAGACACUGCUACUCUGUUUUAUCCACGGCUUCAAGGGGGGUGAAACCACCUUUGGGCCCAACUAUGCCUUCGCCGAACAUCUACGGAAGCUUAUUGCGGGCGCUUUACCCAAGGUGCACGUCCAAACGAUAGUCUAUCCGAAAUACGAAACCCGGGGCGACCUUGGUGAAUGCGUCUCACGGUUCAGCGAUUGGCUCCUAAACAAAGUAAUCGACCUCGAAGUAGCGGCGGGCACUCCCUCCCCGACAGUCGAUCCCUCGGUACGGGUCCUCUUGGUGGGGCACUCGAUGGGGGGUAUAGUAGCGGCUGAGACGACGAUUGCGCUCGCCUCCGAGCACCCGAUCCACAAUUCGGUUGACGAGGACAGCCCGAGCAAGUCCACCACCAACCUGCCUCCCCCGCCAAACGCGCUCAUGUUCCCGUAUAUCCAAGGCGUGCUCGCCUUCGAUACCCCUUUCCUCGGGAUUAGCCCCGGUGUGUUUGCCCGCACCGCAGAAUCGCAUUACGCCGCCGCAUCCACGGCAAUUUCCCAGCUGAGCGGGUUGGCAAGCCUCUGGGGUGGUGCCAAGGCUGCGGACGCAAACGCGAAAGCGAACGCAAACCUCGCUAGGGCGGCCCUUCCCCCGGCCGAGAGCAGUAACAUCGGCAAUGAUAAGGACAAGGCGACCGACAAAGGCGGCUGGGGUAGAUGGGGUACCAUUGCCAUGGCUGCCGGGGCAGUGGGCGCGAUGGCCGCCGGCGGAGCGGCAGCGUACUAUAACAAGGAGCAGAUCAGUCGGUCGCUGGAAUGGGCAACGUCGCAUUUGGAGUUUGUAGGGUGUCUGGCGCGAAAAGAGGAGCUGCGGCGGCGCGUAGCGUACAUGGUGCGAUUGAACAAGGAGCUCGGAGUUGGGUUCGGGAACUUCUACACACGGCUCGGCCAGUCGGCGGGCGCAAAGCAGGUGAGCAUAACGGAGACGGUGCUAGGGAAGGACAGGACAUUCUGCGUCGUGCCACAGCGGGAUCAAGCCGGGGAUUGGCGGCCAGCGGUGAAUGACAAGGCGACGGAUGAGCCCGGGGCACAUAUGACGAUGUUUGAGCCGAAGGAAAAUCCUAACUAUGAAAAGCUGGCGAAGGACGCUCGGGAUAUGGUCGUGGGAUGGCUUCGCAAUGACUGGUAUGAGAGCAGCUCGGAUGAUACAAUCCGUUCCUGACGGUAACGAUUGAUUCUUGAGGCCAUUAUCCUUCGACCUGCUUGGGGCGCUUUCGUCUAUCGGUGAGACAUAAAUUAUAAAUGCUUACAGGGCAUAAUAGAGCAACGUUUGGCCAUCAGAAGAUAUCACAUCCAUAGCACAAGCGAAGCGAAACGGCGUGCAUGGCAUCCGCUAUUGCCUCUUCUUCUGCUCUGCCGUCUUGCCGCUUCCAAGGUACUUCCUCCG